UGAACGGUGACGGUUGUUUACGAUCGCUGAACGCAAGAAUUCAUUUGACACGUUCGUCUAGCUAGCGUUACGGGCACCCUGUGGAAUAUUUGAGUUGAAAACUUAAAACGAAUUAAAGUUUUGUACGAAAAUUAAAACGUUUUAUUUUUAACAAUUUUUUGGUUUUUGUAAAAAAUAGGAAAAUCAUAAAAUUCAAAGAAGCUUGACAUCUGAGGUGUCAUUGUGUCAUUUAGUCCGGCCGAGUGGUGUUUUAUGAUUUUUGUUAGACGGUUGGUGGCGGCUGGUUCUGUUUUACGCUUCAUCGAGCGCAUAUUAAAAGAAAAAAAAAAACAACAAUAAAAUAGUUGUCGUUUUGGAAUCAUCUGCCGGCAUUUGAAAGAGGGGAGUAGGUGAAUGAAAAAUGCCCACAAGAAUUAAGGAAAUUGAAAAUUGAAAUAUAAAAAAUAGUGCUAAAAAAUUUAUUGCGUUCGCUUUUGUUUUGUGCAAGCGUCAAAAAAAUAAUAAAAACAAAACACAAAACGAAAAAUAAGAGCAAUACUGAAAACCUAUAAAAAUUCAAAUUUUAUGCCCAUUCAGUGUUAAAAGUGAUGUAUUUGAAUACAAAUCAAAUUUAAAUUGCAAUCCGAAAAAUCGAAAAGAAAACAAAAAGGAAAUAUUUUGUCAGGUUAUUGGCCCACAUAGCCACCAGACAAUUUCCACGAAAAUCUAAAUCUAAAUUGAAAAAGAAAAAAAAAAAACAAUAAUUUCAGUAUUGAAAUCAGUUUCGUUUUUUUUUCUCUAGUGUUGUGAAAUUUUGAAAUAGUUCUCUGGAAAAGUGUCAUCAUCGGCAUUGCCAGUGUCAGUGUUGUUCUAAGCGUAUCGUUCGUUGCAUGAGUGAUAUAUGACAGGUUAACGUCUCCACGUCUGGCAUUUUGUCGACGACUAUUUGCCUGAACAUUGUUGUAUGUGACGUGUGUGCUGUUGUUGUUGUGCAAAAAAAAAAAAAAAAAAAAACGAAAAACUUCUUCAAUUAAUUCACUUGUGUCCGUUUUUCUGUUGCAACGUUCGUCAACCAUCAUUGUUAGCCAUUCAGUCAGUUAGCAGCAGCAGUUUAUCAGCAACAGUUUUAUGAGGUGCUCAAUGUUUUUGUAAUCGCAUCAGGAGCAAAUCAUAAAAAAACAACAACAAAAAGAAGACAGUCCAGUGACAACUUGGAUAAUAUACAUAGAACUUCUGGCGACAGUGGGCACAAAUUCCGCCUUUUCGUCAUCAUAUCAAAUUCUCACGCUUCCUCGUUCUUGGUCCCCCGCCCCACUCCCAAUGGCUGAUGAAAAACAAAUCUGUGCUAAAAUAACUUUCAAUUCAAUUUGAUUGACGAUAAAUCGAUUGAUAAGGUUUCAGCUGAGCGCGCGCACACACACACACGGAAACCCCAAGGGACACUCACACACACAAAUCUAUAACAUGAGCUGGAAGUUCUUUUGGAAAUUGUUCGCUUUGAUGCAGAUACUUUACUUGAGUGAGAGCAGUCAUGUUCAAUUGGUCGAACAACAGAAACCAGCAGCGGAAGUUACCGCUUCAAUGGGUCAUUUGCUGACAUCGCCAGCACCAGCACACCCUCUUAACCAGUCGAUCUUGCAACAACAAUCGCCGGCCGAACAACAUAGAAGACACUACGAUGGACAGCGGCCCCACCGAAAUCGUUUCCAUCACUGGAACAAUGGACAAAGGGUCCAUCGGGUGUAUGCCAAUGAAAAUCGUCGUCAUCACCAUCAUCAUCAUCCUCGCCGACAUCCGUAUCACCGGUGGACGCCACGACGGCGGCCAUCACGUCACCAUCAUCACCACGAGCCGGACUACUUUUUCGGACAAUGGUCUCCGUGGUCCUCAUGUUCACCAGAUUGCAUGAAGCGGCGGGAACGUCACUGUAAAAUCAAGCGGAAAUGUGGCCAUAGCAAACACAUCGAAGAACGUCAAUGUCGCCGAUGUCAUCCGGCGGCAACGGACGCUAGUAAAUGGUCAACAAGCACGUCAAGCAGUCUACCGCCGCAUGGUGUCCAGCCGAUACAACAGCAGCAACAGCAACAACAACAGCACACCAGCAACACAGUGCCAACAAUUGUAAUUAAUGCAGCAGCUGCCGCUGCCACAGCGCCCAUUGCAGCAAGUGUUGGCAGCCAGACGACGCAUCAGCCCACACUAUGGAGUGGUGGCACACCAAUCGAGUCGUACAACCAACAUCCUGUAAUACAAAGUGAGGAACUUGUUGCCGAACAUGUAAGCAGCAGCACGAGUGGGGGUCGUCACGAAAAUUGGCAAGGAGGAGGGGAGGAAGUCGACGACGACGAUAGUGUUGAAACAGAUUUUUAUGUUAUCAAAGCUAAAAGGAAACGACCACCUCACCAUAGAUCACCACCAAAGGUCAGUUAUCCAGAUAUUCUAGUACAUCAUGAAAUCAUUGAUUACUCGGAGGAACAAGCCGAAGAUGCUCUCAACGAGUUGGGUUCAGCCCAACCGCCCAGCGAGUAUCUGCAGACAUCGCCCACAAAUGUAAAGACAAUGCGCCAUCAUCCGAGACCGCGUAGACCACAAAGACAAAAUCCACGCCAUCACCGAAAAGGCAAAUCAAACGGCUUCAAGACCUUCGAUGAUGGCUCCGAGGGUGAAGUAUUUCAAUAUGAGGAUUUCGACAUCGAUUUGAGUCAUGGUGAUAAUCAGGAGAAUGGCGGUGAGAUGUCCUAUGAGGAGUUCAGUGAUUACAAUGAGUAUCGGAAUUUAACGGGUGCUCCGCCAGCCAAGGAAAGAGCCACGCCAGAGCAUUUGAUACCGAAACAUAGGAGGAUUUACUCCAAAUGGAGCCGGUGGACAAAGUGUACACCAAAGUGCACAACGCGGAGAUAUAAAAAAUGCCGCGUUCGUGAACAGUGUGGACGUGAAGUUCUGCGCGAAAUAGCCUAUUGCUAUACGGAGGGAAGUUUUUGCCAGCAAUGGUUAAAUGCCCAAGUUCAAAAACUACCCGCCUACGAAUUGAGACCAUCUGCUACACGUCGUCGUGAUGUGAGUGAUGAUGGUGCCAUCUCAAAUUCAAUUGUCAGCGACUUUAUUAUGAAUGGGAAAGGAUAUCGAGGACCUGAAUAUACUCCCAUGAAACUGAAGUGUGGUAUUGCUCCGAUUCGCAGUAAUAAACGUAAUAUGUAUAAUAUGUUGAAAAUUAUUGGCGGCAAGGCGGCGCGCAAAGGUGAAUGGCCGUGGCAGGUGGCGAUUUUUAAUCGUUUUAAGGAAGCCUUUUGUGGUGGAACAUUGAUUGCCCCCCAAUGGGUCCUGACAGCCGCCCAUUGUGUACGCAAAGUCUUGUAUGUUCGCUUGGGCGAACACAAUCUGGAUCAUGAGGAUGGCACAGAGAUGCAUUUGAAAGUUCUGAAAAGCUACAAACAUCCGAGUUUCGAUAAGAAAACUGUGGACAGUGAUGUUGCCCUACUGAAACUUCCCAAACCGGUAAAUACCACAACCUGGAUAGGCUUCUCCUGCCUACCCAAACCAUAUCAACCACUGCCGAAGAAUAUCGAGUGUACGGUCAUUGGUUGGGGUAAGCGUCGGAAUCGCGAUGUAGCCGGCACCAGUGUCCUGCAUCAGGCCGAAGUCCCCAUCAUCUCAAUGGAUAACUGCCGUUCGGUAUAUUACGAUUACACCAUUACAAAAAAUAUGUUUUGUGCCGGUCACAAACGGGGACGCAUCGAUACCUGCGCCGGCGAUUCGGGUGGUCCCCUGCUCUGUCGCGACAACACCAAACCCAACCAUCCUUGGACCAUAUUCGGUAUCACGUCAUUCGGCGAUGGCUGUGCCAAACGCAAUAAAUUUGGCAUCUACGCCAAGGUGCCCAACUACGUUGACUGGGUAUGGUCCGUAAUCAAUUGCAAUGGCAAUUGUAAAAUGCAUCAGCGUUUGUAGCGGCCAAUGGGGCGAGGGUAAUAAUGGCCAAAGCCAAACAUCAUCAACUCGAUUGUAAGUCCAUUGUAAUAAUGUAUUUAUGUAUGUAUCUGUGCGCAUGAGUAGAUUUAAGUAGCAGUCGAGGUAUUGUAAGCUAAUACAAAGUUAGAUUUAAUGAUUUAUGUUUCUGGAUAUUUUUUGUUGAUCCUUUUGUAAAAUAAGCCAAGAUUUUCGUUAUUAUUUUCCAAUAAGAAAAAUGAUGUGUAUUUUCUAUGAAAUUUGAUUUAUUUUUCGGCGACUAAAAUGAAAUCAGCCACUACUCAAAUAAUAUUGGUAAUUUUCAAAAAAAAAAAAAAAAUAAUUGAAAAGAAAAAAAAUUAUUAAAUGAUUUAUGACAGAGCUACUGUGGCACAGUGGGUGGUUAGAAUACAAAAAAUAUACAAAAAUACAUUUCGGGUGACUUUCAUAUUCGAUUUUCCAUCUAAGAAAUACAAAAUAACUCUCUGAGGUUUUCUAUGCAAAUAAAAACAUUUCUAUGUAUCGAAGACCUUUUCAGAGUUUUCUGGCGAUACCAGAGGUUUCCUUCGGCUAAAAAUCCAUAUUUGAAAGUCUUGCAUAGAAUGAAGAUCUUUCACAGG